AUGUCUACACAUCCGCCGUCAGAAGCUGCUCAAACCAAAGAAGAUGAAUACGACAAAAAAGAUGUCGGAGCGGAAGAAGGAAAAGACGUCAAAGAAGAAUUUAAAUCAUGUAUAAACGAAACUCUGUCCACUGUAUGCCGUGUUGUCAGUUUGAAGAAAAAGAAAAACGAUUCCGAUGAACCUAAUGACACAUCAAAAUAA